GGCAUGUUGGGAUUGAAGAUGGAUGUACUUAUGUAUGCAAGUGUGUCCAGAUUUAGUUCUCUCCGCGCGCGGUGCGAUUGCAGGCGGCGAGGAGCAGCGAUGGGGCCGCACGGCGCGAGGCCUAGGCAGCCCUCACAUGAUCGAUUCUUCAUGCAGGACAAUGUAACUUUACAUGGCGGGUGCAGGUACGGGGGGCCCUGUUGGUAUGGUAUGUAUGUAUGUAUGGUAUGUUUGGGGUCUCGGUUACCGUAUGUAUGGUAUUUCCCUUACCCUCACCCAGCAGGAAAGUUACAUAUUAACUACUAUCAAGUACCUUUACCAGGUUGAGGAGACUCUGAACAAAGAGAGAAAGAGGGAGAACGAGAGAGACUAACAGACUGUGUAUGCAAGUGUUUGAGCAAUCCCACUCAUGUGGCGACUGGGGGAGACCACUUACAGCC